AUGACAAACGACACUACCCCAAUGAGAGAUAGUAAUUUGCAACAACAAGAGCCCACAUCAAAGCCAGUCAAUAUUGAUGACAUAUUUAAGGAAGUAACUGGAGAAAGAGGACUAUGGCAAACAGCCAUCCUUCUAGUCAUUUGUGUUUCUCUCUCUGUUCCAUAUCUCUUCCCGGUCUUUGCUCACGUGGUUCCACGUCACCGAUGUGCACUGGACAAGGCUGGAGAGGCCCACUUGGCUAGCAUAUUGGUACCAGUGGGUGGAGCUGGAAGUGCAAAGCGACAUCUUACAUUUGACGAGAUGGCAAGAAUAGUCGGACCCUGGUUCGAGUCGGAUGCACCUGCCACUGCCAAUCAGCAUCACUAUGGCUGUUCCAGAUACAAGGGAUACUUGAACAUGAAUGGGACUGCUAGUCUCAACAUAACAACCGAAGCCUGUAUCAAUGGAUACGUCUACGAGGUGUCGGAGAACCAAUACCCCAGCACGAUUGUUGCGGAAUGGGACCUGGUGUGUGGUAACUCGUGGAAGAACCCCUUCUCCACCUCCAUCUACAUGCUCGGCAUGCUGGUGGGCUCCAUGUCGGGUGGGUUUCUCGCUGGCAAGUUGGGUCGUAUGAAGGUGAUUUACCUCUCCACCAUUCUCGAGAGUGCCUCCGGUCUUGCUGUGACAUUCGUACCCAAUCUCCAGUGGUACACGCUUACUCGGUUCUUCCUCUCAGUCGCCGUGACCAUCAAAGUUGCUGCCAUAACUGUGCUCAUGGUGGAGAUGACUACGGCCAAGUACAGAGCAGUGUUCUCCGCCGGCUUCUCUUUCUUCUUCCAGUGUGUCUAUCGAGCAUUGCAUGCAUGGAUCGCGAUACACGUGCACAAUUGGCGCUACUUCCACUUAAUGAUCAUGGUGCCAGCUUUCCUCGGUCUCUUCACCCUCCUCUGGCUGCCCGAGUCGCCACGUUGGCUGGUCUCACAGCACAAGCACAAGGCUGCUCUCAGGACUCUCUACAAGGCCUACAAAGUGAACGCGAUGUGCAAGAGCGCACCCGAGCUAAGCUUCGAGGAGUUUCUCGAGAGGACCGGUCACUCCAACCUCCCGGAGGAGCCGAGGCAGACCCAGUGGAGGAAACACUUCAACUUGUCCACCUUUUGCAGGAAUGUUGUCGUGGGCUUUGCUGCACCUUACCAAACUCGUGAUAUUGCGAGGCGAUCCAUUGCAGCGACACUGCUCUUCACCGGUCAGCUCUUCGUCUUCUUUGGACUCCUCUUCUUCACUCAGGUCGUCCGAUCCUCAGUAUACUAUGUGUCCAUGAUAAAUGCAGCCACUUCAGUCCCCGGAAUUCUGCUUUCAACACUCCUCUACUCGAAGUGCAGGAGUCGCAAGAAGCCCAUGCUACUGCUCUACGCCAUCUCGGCUCUCAUUCUGCUGGCAAUCGGUCUGCACACUGUGAUUGCAAAACCUGAGUCCGAAAUUCCCCUCAUCGUGUGCAGCAACAUCACUUUGGUGUUGCUGGGCGCCACCUUCAACAUGAUUUUCAUCUACACCUCGGAGUUAUUCCCCUCGAGCAUUCGAAGCCAGGGUCUGGGCAAUGCAACAGGUCUGGGAAGAAUCGGUGGUAUUCUCUGCUCUUUCGUCAACGAACUCGACCUCAAAGUGAGCCAUGGUCUUCCUGUCAUAGUCUAUGGUGGUGUCAGCGUGCUUCAGGUUCUCUUCACGCUUUGUCUCCCAGACACAGAUGGCAGGGACCUGCCAGACAACGUGAAGUGCGAGAUGAAACAGGCGGACGCACACGUGGAUGUAGAUGCGGAUGCGGAUGCGGAUGCGAAGGCGGAGGCGGAGGCGGAGGCGGAGGUGGAAUCGAACGUAGAGUUGGAGGAGCUGGCGAAGGAUGGAGAAGAAUCGCCUAAGCACUGA